UGUUAGAAUCAUGUAGAGGCUUCUUAAUGUAUUUACCUAAUAACGUUCUUUUGACAAGUUGUGACAAGAUUAUGAUUAUAAUAGUGACAUUUGAAUUUGGAUACAGUCCAAUACCGUGCAAACUUGUAAUCGAAUUAUAGUUGUAAUUGUAUUUGCUAAUAUUUUUGUAUUACUUAAAUGUUAAAUGUAUUUGUUUUUCGAUCGUAUUUUUAAUAGUAAAUAAUUUUAUUUUAUACCAACAAUGACCAGUGUAAAUUUACCUGAAGACUGUUCGAAACAGUGGGAAAUUUUGCUAUUGUUGUUGUCAUCUGAAGAGAAGAAAAUCGAUCGAACCAGUGAAAAUGAGAUUGAUACGAUGAGCUACUUCUCCAAUAAUGAAGCAGUAAGAAAAAUUAUGCUGCAAUGGCUACAACAAAUGAAGAGCUCUUAUAGCAAGAAGAUAAAUGAGUUUGAUACAGCUUUAAAAUGUGAUGAUGUGUCCUUAUUAUGGAGACAACGAGGCAAUGAUAAUUUUAGAGCAAAUUUAGUUGAGGAAAGCUAUAGAUGUUACUCGAAAAGUGUAGUAUAUGCUAAACAUAAUGGACCAAUGUAUCCCUUGGCUUUGGCUAACAGAUCUGCAUCAUUGUUGAGGUUGAAGAGAUUUAAAGAGUGUCUUGUUGAUAUUUCAAUGGCCAUCGAAAGCGGUUACCCAGCGGAACAACAACACAAGUUACUCCUUCGAAGAGUUGACUGCUAUAUUGAACUUGGACAGAGGUCGAGUGCCCGGUCAGCUCUUACUGCUGCUACACAAUAUGCCUCCACUCUCAACUUGUCAGCUGCAUCUGCUUUGGAGUUUGAGAGACAUGUGAAAAUAUUUGAAAAGAAAUUAGAAAACCCAAUGUGUGCGGAACUUGAAGAUGAUGAAAUAGAAUUACCGGAAUUGUUACGAGGGUCCAAUGCUGAUUUUAAUGCUGCAUCCAGUGGCAUUGAGUUACGGCGAAGUGAAACAGCAGGCAGAUAUGUUGUAGCAAACCAAAGUGCUAGACGUGGAGAUGUGUUGUUCUCUGAGGAGCCCUAUGCCUGGGUGACAUUGCCCAGUGAUGAGCCUUCUUGCGAGAUGUGCUGUCAACCAGACAUUAACUUAGUGCCUUGCAGCCGUUGUUCCCGCAGCGUGUACUGUGGUGCGCAGUGCCGAGCACGCGGCGCCCUUGCCUUUCACCGCUGGGAAUGUGUUGGAUCACAAAGUGCCCUUUUUCCCACUAUAGGCAUUGCCCAUCUAGCUUUAAGAGUUCUAUUGUUAAGUGCAAGUCAGGGCUUCCCGUUGGUGCCUCAAAAGUCUUUAAAGCCCAACACUGCAUCGGAAUUAUUUAAAUGCUAUUCCGAUGUUGAUGAUAUACAGAUAUACAAGGCGGAUUCACCGGCUUUUUAUAGAAUGUUUAAUUUGGUCACCAACUUUGAUAAGAUGAACAAUAACGAUUAUAUUCAAUAUGCCUUAACAGCAACUAUGUUAACAAUCUACCUCGAACAUUUUACGACAUUUUUUGAGUACUUACCAAGUAAAGUGCCGUACACACUGUCCGGUGAAGAGCUGCGGUUAUUUGCCGCUGCGAUUAUAUUGCGCAGUCUGGGACAGUUGGUGUGCAAUGGCCACGCUACUUUAAGUCUGGCUACUGUUGAAGAAGAUGAUGCAAGGAAUGGAUGUACAGUAACAGAACGUGAAGUUCGCAGAGCAACUGCCAUUUAUCCAUCAGCUGCUAUGAUGAACCACUCGUGUGAACCUAACAUUAUCAACACUUUCUACAAGAACCGUCUGAUUGUGCGGUGUGCUAACGAGUUGUCUGCUGGAGGCGAGGUAUACAACUGCUACGGGCCGCACCGCGCGCGCGAGCCCGCUACACGCCGCCGAGCUCAGCUUCGUGCACAAUACAUGUUUAACUGCACCUGCACAGCUUGCCGGGAUAAUGAUAGAAAGGAUUUUGUGCUGCUGUUCUCAGCAUACGUGUGUCAGUCGUGCAAGUGUCCGGUGCUGGUGAGCGGGAAGCGCGCGCGCUGCCAGCAAUGCUCCAGCAACUUCCAACUGGACAGAGCACUUGCCAUUAUUGACCGCGCCGACGAUUUCGCAUUACAAGCGGAGAGAACUACAAACCUGGAAGAGAAAUGUGAAAAGAUGUUAGCAUCGUACAAAUUGAAGCAGCAAGUAUGGCAUAGACAUCACAGCUCGCUAAGAGCCGCCGCGGACAGAUUGGCAAGAAUCUACGCUGAUCUUGGUGAAUUUGGCAGGAGCGUAGAAUUGAUAAAACAAAAUAUUCAAAGUCUUGAAUACCAAUUUGGCUCUUUUAGUGUUGAGGUGGCACAUGAAUUGAGGAAACUCUCCGAUGUUAUGCUUGAGAGAAUCUUUAAGCUGCCUGGUCAUCCGGAUUAUCGUUACUGGUGUUUAGAGGCGCACAAGAUAAUGAACAAAGCAGUGCAAUUAAUGGAAUUGAACUAUGGCAAGUGGGAAGUACUUGUCAAAAGAUUAAAGGAACAAGAAGUAUUCCUUGCCUCGUUGUUAGCUGAAUGCCGCACUCCUGACACUACCGACUGUGUUCACAACAACUUGCAUUAUAACCUUAAAAUAUAGUAAGGACCAAUUCCAUUCUUCUAAUCUAUAAGAAUUAAAUAUAAAGAAAGUGAUCAAGAUAUAUAAAAAAUAUCUAUAACGAAUAUCUUAAUACUUUAAAUAAGA